CAAUAGUUUGGACUUUGUGCAAGAUAAUAUUCAAAUUUAGAAAAUUCUAACCUUCUUGCUUAUGACUUCGACUGGGUUGUUUUUCAAGUUCAUAUAGAAGGCUAGACGAUCGGCAAAGUUAUUUUUGUUCAAAGCUAAAGCGCAUCUAGCUGCUUGUUUUUAUCUAUUUUAGUUUUGCAAAACUUUUCUCAAUUGAAGCUUUGGUUUUUACCGACCUUAUGAUGAAGAAACUGUUUCAAAUUGCUUUUGCCUUAAUUGUCGGAGGGUUUGCUGUUGUAUUGAUGCAAUGGCGUGUUGCUUAUUCAAUAAGUGUCUUUUGUCUGGUGGCUUGUCUGUCAAUUGCACGUUCGCAUCUUAUUCGUCCGGAGACGACUAAGCAUAAAAAUCAGAGUUACUGUUGUCGGAAGAAGCAAUUGGAACAUUUAGAAACCUUAACAGACACGUUUUCGCAGUUAAAUCAGUUGAAUGAUAACACCAAUGCAUCAGAUUCCCAAACCAACCCCCAAUUACCAAAUGGGUCAGCUCAUUCACUGCAAAUGGUUCGAACUUACCCCGACGAAAACUACCGCCGUCUCGUCAACAACUGCAGUAAUGUAAACAACAACAACAGCAACAGCAGUAAUAAUAAUAACAAUAGAAAUUUACUUGGCAACUCUGUCGUUCUUGCCAAUAACGGGAUCGAAGAUAUGAGCCUAAGUGGGGCUGCCUCGCACAACGGCUCCUGUGCAAGUUGCUGUUGCGCGGUAGUUGUCGGGUCUGAAAAUACAAACACAAUUCAUCCAUCUCCGUCCUUUACAACCCAACCUCCCCCUCUUCCCUGUUAUAAUAAUCACAGGAGUACUAAUGGGAAUGGGGGGUGUCAUAAUCAUAGAAAUACGAACUCGCCUGUCUAUACGUCUAUCUACGACGAUGCGAGGCAGCUGAAUAGUAGUAAAAGUAAUUUCUUGCCGCCCAGACCGGAAAUCCUGGGACCCAGAGAAAGGGUGGUGAUCGGGGGCGAGUGUAAGGAGAGCAACAGUUUGCCUCCUCGUCCCCCCUCGGGGGGUUUCAAACCAGGUGCUACUAAUGGAACACAGAGUAUAAUGCAGGAACUACAGCAAAUUGAGCAAGAGGAGGAGAAGCAUCUUCGUCGUAUGAUGCACUUGGACUCAUCAGAUGACUGCACCACUCUUACCAGACUAUUUUUCCAGGAGACAUCUCUAGUCCACGGGGUGGCCAGGGCAGCCAAGGUCUCUUCGGAUUACCGUCGUGUUCUGUGGAUUAUCCUAGUACUCGGAUCAUUCGCCGGAUUCACCUGGCAGACAUGCAGCCUCCUCGUCGACUUCUUCGGUUGGCCAGUGUCGGUAGUCACACAAAUGGAAGAUUCUAGAACACUCACUUUUCCCGCAAUUUCCAUCUGCAACAUGAACAAAAUUAAGUCGUCUAAACUGGGCAACACGAGGUUCGCUUCGUUGACACAAUUGGACAAGUACGCAGAGGAAAUUAUACCGACGGAUUUAUCUCAGUACAUGGCUGCGAGCAACAACACGGAGACCCUUCUGAUGUGUAAUUAUGACACCGAAUGGAGUUGUCCCGGGGUGAGUCAGUGCAUCCCGAGGGAGUGGAGGUGCAACCGGGUGGAAGACUGCGUCAACGGGGCAGACGAACACAACUGUGUGGGUGUAUUAAGAAAGAGUGGAGGUGUGAUGGGUAUCAGGACUGCGAUACUCCCGUGGACGAGAGGGACUGUGACAUCAGAGUGACAUGCAGCGACAUCAGCGACAAAUACAAGUCGUGUCCGAGAUGGGCGGCCAAAAACUACUGUGAAAUUUCGAACAGCCACUACACAUUCAUGAAGGAGCACUGCGCUAAGACAUGUCAGUUCUGCAUCAAGGACGAAGACAAGAACGGGGAAUUGGGAAGCAUUCUUGGAGACACUUCCAAUCUAGUGUCCAAUAGACACUGGCAGAUCUACUACGAGACGUCAAAACACGAGGAUUACAGUGAUGUUGUAGACUUAGGAAUGAUGACCCGAGAAGAGAUCAAACUACUGGGUCACCAGCAGGAUGAGUUCAUUAUCCAGUGCACAUUCGAUGGCAAGACUUGUUCCAAACAGUGGUUCACUGAGUUCCAGAACGACAUGUACGGAAACUGCUGGACAUUCAACGACGCCUCAGGUCAAAAUGGAUCGCAGCUGCACAACAUCUCCCAAGCUGGUGUGCGCCAUGCACUGCAACUGACCAUCUUCCUAGAUGUGGCCAACUAUCUGGGUAUCUUGUCCCACAGAACAGGCGCCAGACUGUCUAUCCAGGACCCAAAAGUGCAGCCAUUUCCAGAUGAAUUAGGAAUCACACUCACGCCAGGCAGACACACAAGCAUAGGUGUUCGACAGCAGACUCUCUCCCGUCAGACAGGGAGGUAUGGCAGCUGUGUCCAUUCAUGGCCCCCCAACAUGCAGGCCACUCUGGAGAGGAACAACAGGACCAAGAGACAACAACAGAGCAGGGAAAGGAGCAACCAAACAGACAGUAGCUCUGCAGGUGCCUCUUCUGGACUCUAUGGAUACUCACAUCUGGGAUGCAGCAAAAUGUGCAUUCAGGCCCAACUGCUGGAAACAUGUGGCUGUGUGGACUCGCUACUACUGGAGAAAGUCACGCUCUGCAACAUUGUCAACAUCACACAGGAACAUUGCAGGAAAUCAGUGUAUGGUGGCUACCAGUCGGGCCAAUUCGGCUGCCAGUGUUCGCAGCCAUGCCACGAGAUGUUCUUCACCAAGAUUGUCUCCGAGAGCACCUGGCCUAACACCAAAUAUAUGCACCACAUGAUCAGACGACUGCUGAAAGACGAGAGUGAGUUAGUUCGUGAGACCACAAAAGACUUCCUGAUUCCGUAUGUGAAGGCGAGGAUAGCAGUGAUCAAGAAGCACAAACAGGACUCAUCCAACCCAGACCAGUACAACUCCAUCAACCUAGACCACCUCCCAUUCAACGACACCAUGUACUACAGAUGGUUCGAACGUGACAUGAUGGAGAUGUUAAGACAGAACUUUCUCCGAGUGGAAGUGUAUUUCGAGGCUCUGUCUUACGAACACGUGAGGGAGCAGCCUCAGUACGGGUGGGAACAUCUGUUGUCCAAUAUCGGAGGUGCACUGGGCUUGUGGCUGGGACUGAGUAUCAUCACAGUGUUUGAGUUCUGUGAGCUCAUAUUCGACCUGCACAGAAUCGUCAUAUCCAGCAGAUAUAAGCGGCGACAAGAAGAACGUAAGAAGAUGUUAACACAGAACUACAGAAGACACCAGAUGAACUCAGCCAGCAUGAAGAACAUGCAGAACCAUCACCAGCCACACUCCUUCCCCCUUUCAUCACUGCCUCACCCCCACCCACAUCAUCCUCCCCAUCAAACUCAUACUACUCAACUGCCAUUACCAUCACCCCCAGAGCCUAGAUAUGUAUGACCCCCAAAUUGUCCAUCGCCCCCAAACCCCCCCCCCCUCUCCCUUCUGGGUCUCAUCACGAUUCCUCCCAACACCAACUACCCCCACCCCACCCC